AAGAGGAGGGGGCUCCACGAUGUUUUGGAAACUGAUCCGACUCGAGCGUUUUAAACCGUGACAAAACGAAUCACGCUCACGUUUGUGGAAUGCAUUUGCCAGCAGAUAUUUCUUCUCUGAGGGAAUAUGUGAAACCUUACUUUUGUCGUGUGCCUUUUUCUUUCUGGAGUGAAAACAAGUGUGUGGGAAAGAUGGCGCGCGCUCCGGCUAACUUUGGUCUAGCUGUGGCUGUGCUGGUCGCGUUGGUGCUCAGACUUCCAAACGCCAAAGCCGAGCCUAAUGUUAAACAGGAGGAGAGGUCCUGUCAAGGUGCCUUCGACUUGUAUUUUGUCCUCGACAAAUCUGGAAGCGUCAAACAUCACUGGAAUGAGAUCUACUCAUUUGUGGAACAUCUAGCACAGAAAUUUAUAAGCCCAAUGCUAAGGAUGUCAUUCAUUGUCUUCUCUACACGUGGAAAUAUCAUCAUGAGACUAACUGAGAAUAGAGACGACAUUAACAAAGGCUUGAGUAUGCUGAAGAAAGAGGUACCAGGGGGUGACACAUUUUUGAAUCUUGGAUUACAGAAGGCAAAUGAGCAAAUAUAUCAUGGAAAAUACAAGACAGCCAGUGUUAUCAUUGCUUUGACAGAUGGAGAGUUAAACACAAAUCAGUACAUCACAGCCCAGCAAGAGGCACACAGGGCCAGGUCUUUGGGAGCCAUAGUGUACUGCGUGGGGGUAAAAGACUUCAAUCAGACACAGCUGGCCACCAUUGCAGACACUAUUGAGCAUGUGUUUCCAGUCGUGGGAGGUUUCCAGGCCCUAAGGGGAAUGAUCGAUUCUAUCAUCAAAAAGUCAUGCAUUGAGAUUUUAGCAGCUGAGCCUUCAAGCGUGUGUGCUGGAGAGUCGUUCCAAGUGGUUGUGAAGGGAAAUGGAUUUUUGCAUGCUAGAAACACUGAUCAGGUCUUGUGCAGCUUUAAAAUCAACGACACAGUCACCGUGAAUGAGAAACCUGUGAACAUCGAGGACACACUCCUGCUUUGCCCAGCACCGGUGAUAGAUGAAGUUGGAAAGGUGAUCUAUCUCCAAGUCAGUAUGAAUGAAGGCUUUUCCUACAUCACUAGUGCAGUGCACAUCACUACCACAGAAUGCUUUGACGGCACCAUUGUCUUCCUGGCCUUGCUGGUGAUCUUCCUGCUGGUGGGUUUGCUUCUGUUGUGGUGGUUCUGGCCCCUGUGCUGCACUGUGGUCAUCAAAGAGCCACCUCCACCACCACCACCUGAGCCUGAGUCUGAUGAUGAGGAUGGGAUGCCAAAAAAGAAAUGGCCUACGGUAGAUGCCUCAUACUAUGGAGGCAGAGGAGUUGGAGGUAUUAAACGAAUGGAGGUGCGCUGGGGAGAUAAAGGCUCUACGGAGGAAGGGGCUAAGUUAGAAAAGCCCAAGAAUGCGGUGGUGAAGAUGCCUGAGCAGGAGUUUGAGCCCUAUGAGCCCAAACCCAAAAGGCCUCCCAGAAACCACCCUGGCCCAAGGAGAUGGUACUCUCCCAUUAAGGGGAAACUGGACGCUCUGUGGGCUCUGUUCCGUCGUGGAUACAACGAAGUGUCUCUAAUGCGACCCCAGCCUGGAGAUCAGGGUCGAUGCAUCAACUUUACACGGGUGAAAGAGGAGGCAGUCCGAGCACCACUGCGCCAGCCUCCACCUCCACCACCUUCACCCCCCCCGUUGGACUGUCAGCCCCUGAUGCGCCCCACCUCAGCCCCUCCCAGCAGACCGCCCUCCCUUGGACCCUCCAUCAGCCGUUCACCCCAUGGACCCCCACCAGCCAGAGCACCCCCAGGCCCCCCAAGACAGCCUCCCUCUCGCCCCCCACCCUGUCCUGGGAACCGGCGCUGAGAACAAUAGAUAACUUUCAUCACCCUAAAUUCUGUGUCUUUACCAACAUAAAUGCUGGUAUUGAUCUUUAAGCCAUUGGCUUGCAGCGCUAGAAUUUUAGAUUUGUUGCUGGACAGCAAAAAGGAAUAAAUAAAUGAAACAUUCACACAGUAAUCAGCUACUGUUUGUAGUUGGAAUGUCUAGGAUUCUGCUUCCUGAGUUAGGUUUUGGAUCUGCUUUAAAAGAAUCAUGUUCUUUGUGCUUGAGCAGUUGGCUUUGGUGAGAUUAAGGAAAUCACAUGAGUUCAGUAAGUUCACUGUUCACUUGUUUUUUUUUUUUUUAGAAAAGCAGCCUUGUAUUUAUGUAGGCUUUUAAAUAUUGAUGAGUUUUGUUGAUUGUAUGUCAAAUUAGACUUAAUGCUAAUUAUGUGAUGUCUGAACUGAUUAAUGGCUGAACAUUCAUGUUCAAAGAUAGAGUUCAAAUUGAAUGUUCAAGCAGAAAGAAGUCAUGUAUGCUGAAGUGCAGGGUAGUCAGCUGGAAGUAGUUUCCUACAUUUUAAAGCAGUAUCCAAAGAUUACCUGGUUACACCUAUAAAAAUAUAAUAAUUGCAACUGCAGGGCAGUUAUAUCCUCUAAUUUAUUUAGCCUUGUUUCCUGGAAGGCACUUGAGCACAGACAGGGUGUCCAGCAUUAUUAUGGGACACUAUGCAUGGGACACUAUUUCAGCUGACUCCUUCACAUUUAAUGAGCACAAAGGACAUUUCUCUUGUCUUUUUGUUAAAUGCAUUUUUGCUUUAUGGUCUUACUUUUGUGGUAUAGUGUAGAAUGUUAAGCCUUGUGCAUGGGGAAAGGGGGCUUUGAUUCACUUAUGAUGCGUCAUCUUGAUCAUCUAACAUUCCAUUUUAAAUUAAAAAUUUGUAAUGUUCUAAACUGUGAUAGUUGGAAUAUGUGAAAAGUGGAAUAUGAAAUCCUCCAGUCGUAAUUGGCUGUUGUAAUUUGCCACUCAGCAGUGCUACAGACUAACCAAAUAACAUUGGCUUUUUUUAUUAAAUAUUUUUGUUAUCCUCAAA